CUAGAUAUUACUAGAAAGUUUGAAGUGACCAGUGUAGCCAGAUAGGGAAAUUAAGGUGAAUUAGUUACUUUCAUCCCCUCUUUGGCAUUACUGGCUGCUAUCGGGGUUGUUGGGGGAUGCCGGCUGAUAAGGGUGGAGUCGUAGACAGGGUAGAAAAGAAUGGGAAACGUGCAUUGACCUGACUAGACUUCAAGUGACUAUAUAAAAAGUGGCUUUCAAGUGUCAAUGGCGUUUGUACACGAUACUACGAAUUUCUUCUUACAUAUUUGAUCAAUCUAUUCGUACAAUGAUGUCUCAAAUACAAAUUGAUGGAAGCUUAGGCGAAGGUGGCGGACAAGUAUUAAGGAUAGCCUUGACUCUAAGUGCAUUAUACAAAAUCCCAGUUAAGAUUGACAAUAUACGAGCAGGACGUCCUAAACCUGGACUUGCUGCUCAACAUUUAAAAGGUGUUGAAUUAUUACAAAGUAUGUGUAAUGCAGAAGUUCAAGGAGCCCAUAUAGGAUCAACUUGUUUAGAAUUUAAACCUAAUCAAUUAAAUAUGGACAGAAGACGUACAUUUAUGGUAGAUAUAGGAACUGCUGGUUGUAUUGGCCUAUUGGUUCAAGUAGCAGUACCCUGUGCUCUUUUUUUCCCACCAGGACAAAAUGUUAAAUUAAUACUUAAAGGUGGUACAAAUGUCCCCAUGGGGCCCCACAUAGAUUAUCUUACAAAUGUGUUUACACCAUUGCUUCAUAAUUUUGGAGUUGAUAUUAACUGCGUAUGUGUAAAAAGGGGUUAUUAUCCAAAAGGUGGUGGAGAAGUACAUGUAUAUGUACCAUCUGGUCGUGUUCUAAAUGCUGUUACAUUAAUGAAUCCUGGUGUACCUACUAUGAUACAUGGAGAUUCACAUGUUGCUGGUGUUGUUCCUAUUAAAGAAGCAUAUAAAAUGGCACAGGAUGCAAAAGAAGUUCUACUUAAAGGUUUGAGACAAUACAAUAUUAAUGAUCAACAGCUAGAUAUACGGGUCUCUAAGAAGGAUACAACUACAGCAUAUGGAAAUGGGUCUGCCAUUAAUUUACAGUGCCUGACCACUACUAACUACUGUUUUGGUGGUUCUGGAUUGGGUUCUGGUCGUCAACAACAAAUUGCUCCAGGUGUACAGGCAGCUAAUGAAAUUUUAAAUGCAAUCUUGUCAGGAUCUUGUGUUGAUGAACAUGCACAGGAUCAGUUAAUAAUUUUCAUGGCUCUAGCAAGUGGGACAUCUAAAAUUAACCUAGGGCGCCAAAAACUGACUUCUCAUACUGAGACUGCUAUGAAAGUGGUGGAAAUAAUGUUAAAAAAUUAUAACUUUCAUUUUCAAUUAAGUGAAAAAGAAGUUGGAGAUAAUAUUUCUUAUAUUUUAGAAUGUAAAGGUUGUGGUUAUAAAUCUGUAACUGCAUAGUAGAUCAGGAUUAUAUACUUUAUAUUAUAAUGAGUGUUUUUUAAAUAGAAAGCACAUGUGUAAGCAUAAUAAGAUUUAUGAUGUAUUCUGUUAUUUUUAUUGUUUUUGAAAAUAUAAGCAGCAGCUUAAGGUUGUGUAACAUGAA